AUGCCCUUUUUCUCUCAAAUAUGGUCCUGGGGCUCCAAGCCCAUUCAAUGCGAUGAGUUCUCUGGGGCUAUGUUUGGAGGGGCCGCCAGUAUUGCCGCCUUUGAUGAUGUUCCAGAUGACUUUGUGCUUCCAGAAGGGAGUGUCAAGAAGGGAGAAAAGUACUUCAAGAAGUACUGCUCGCAGUGUCACUCCAUCUAUCCCGACAACCGAAUGACCAGGGGUGGACAGACACAGCUUGGACCCACGAUGUUCAAUGUGUAUGGACGGGCAAGCGGCAUUGAGGAGAUCCAACAGAAGCUGGCAACUGAUCGAGUUGAACAAGUCUUGUGGCUUGAAGCCGCCUUGAUGAAUUACAUGAAGAACCCGAGAGUCAUGUCGGCAGGGCGGGUACAGAUGAACUUUGCUGGCAUCAAAGAUUUCCAGACCAGGGUGGACAUUGUUCACUACCUCAAGACCUUGGACUGGAACAAUGAUGAAAUCGCGCAUCCUCCCGAAAAGCCUGCGAGCUUCGCGCCUUUGCGUUGGAUGAGCAAGUCAUAG